AUUUUAUUUACAGCAAUGAUUUCAUAUUUAAAAUAUUUUCCAAAAAAGUUUGUUAGACUUGUAUGUUGUUCGAUUUUACAUAAAAGUAUUACGCAAAAGGAAUUUCAAUGGCAACGUAGCGUAUAUAAUAAUGUGCGACUUUUUAAUCAAAAGAAAACAGAUCCAAGAUGCAAUGUAUUAAUAUUUUCCUCUAUUUUGGGAUGGCUUGGACUUACGUCAGAAGAUGAAGAGACUCCAGAGGACAAAUUAAUUACGACAAUCAAGAGAUCCAUAUUGUGUAUACAGCGUGAACAAUAUGAUAAAGCGGAACAAAUGCUCCAUCUUGCGUUAAGAAUGGCUCAAGAUCUCCAGAGCAAGGAUGGUAUAACAUAUGUUUAUGAUGUUAUGGCGAAUUUAGCAAUGGAAAGGGAGCAGUUUAAAAAAGCUGAAAAGUUAUUUGCCGAAGUCAUUAGAAGAUUGCUUGCAGCUGGUUACGUUGAAGAUAGUUUAAAGAUUUUACACAUCAGCUCCAAGAUAGCACACAUGGCACUAACGCAAGGAUAUUUUGAAAAAGCCACGCUCGGAUUUAUUUGGGUUCUGGAGAAACUCGAGGAGUAUCUGCGGAAAGUUCCCGAUGACGCCGAAGCCCAGGAACUUUGGGGCCUAACAAAGAAUUGGUUUGGCGAAUUACUUAUGAAGCAAGGCAAAUAUAAGGAAGCUAAAAAAAACUUCGAAGAUGCUCUAGAUUGUCGAAUCAAAAUUCAUGGGGCUUUUAACGAUGAAUGUGUUUCUAUUUUAAACAGCCUAAGCGUGGUCUGUGUAAACAUGGAAAAUAUUAUUGAAGCUAAACAGUUUCUAUUGCGCGCAGUCGACUUGAUGAAAAAAAUUAAGGAUACAACACAAGAAGGUAUUGUACUGGCAAAUUUGGGAAUGGUUUAUUUACGGGAAGGCUUACAGACUCAAGCAAAGGACUCUUGCUCGCGGGCUUUGAAAAUGGCGGCAAAAGAAAAGGAUGACGAUUUAUUAAAGCAGGCUGAACACUGUUUAACCCAAGUAAAAAUGGCAAUGAAAUAAAAAAUUUUAUUUUAAGUAU